AUGGAGAAGGAAUCGAUACCUUCCUCACCGAGCUCUGUGGACAUGCCUUAUCCCACUCAUGGUGUGUCCUCAGCAACCACACAAGGUAUGACGGAAAACAAUACGGGCGUUUGGGACUACUUUUCGACUUACAAACUUCAUUCCAGGUCGGAAAAAGUCUUCUUUAAAGCUCAUUCGCUCCUCUCGAGCCAUCUCUUUCUCAUUUCCUUACUCUUUGGAUUGUUUGCGUUUCAUAUCCUUCAGUGGUUUGUUUUGGCUGUCAUCGAGGAUAACUUCUUUGCUCAACAAAGGUUUUUAAUGUUGGAUCAGAGUAUGCUCUCGCUAAGAGGUUGUUUCAGUAGCACUAUUCCAGCAAUCAUUUCAGUCAUAUUCUAUGCAGGUUAUUUUCUCGUGGAGAUUGUGUGCCUUAUCUUGUUGUUUCGAACGGAUCAUGAUACUUGGUUCAUUCGAGGAGAAACACUGCUCUUGAUGGCCAGUCAAUUGUUUUUCAUUGCCAUUUAUGUGGUGAUUAACCUAGUUCCCUACUUGAAGAAUGUGUUGGAACAUGUGGUGCCUCAGGGUUUGGUCAUAAUUACAUGUUCUUUGUUAGAGUUGUUCGUCUCCGUCUUUUGUCCAGUGGUUUAUGCCGUCCUCAAGGACACAAAAACUCCCUCGAAUAAUGAUGUUUUUGAAUCGGAGUUGGAGAUGAUUCUCAACAAUAAGGAAGCGUUUGAACUGUUGUUGGACUUUGCACGUCGAAGCUUUUGUACGGAAGGAAUUCUCGUCUAUAAGGAGAUUGAACAGUACAAGAAAACACGAAACAAGAAACGAAAGCAGAAAGCUCUCUAUAUUGUCCAUUGA